AUGUACAACGAAUCAUUUAUUGGAACUAGCAUAUUUGCCGCUACUUAUACAACUCCAUUUUUAGACCUUCGAGAAGCUGAUAAAGUACUUGUGUAUACUGACGGCUCCUGCAAAGGUCCACUCAACUCUAGGAGAGCUGGAAUUGGCGUUUUCUGGGGCAACGACCACCCUUGGAAUGUCUCAGAACGAUUAAGAGGACGUCAGACCAACAACCGAGCCGAAAUUGAGGCAUGUAUCAGUGCUCUCAAAAAGGCCCGUUCAGCCGGAAUCAAAGGUGUGAAGAUAGUCACAGACAGUAAAUUUACGCUUAAUUGCGCCACUGUGUGGUAUGCCAAGUGGCAAAAGAACGGCUGGAAGCUAGCCAACGGGAGGCCGGUGCUCCUCAGGAAGGACAUCCAGCGGUUGGUUGAACAGUUAGGCACUCCUGGUUUUCAAGUUUCCUGGUGUCACACACCCGGUCACCAAGGCAAAUGGGGCAAUGAACAAGCUGAUCAGCUGGCUGAGAGGGGCGCCGACCUACCUUACACUUACAGCGACACAGAAGUCGAUGAUACCGAUGAUACUGAUGUGGAUUUUACUGAAGCAGAUCAUGUGAAUAAAUCACCUCCGACCUUUGUUGUCUCCAGCGAAAUGGCAGAAAAGUUCAUGGUGCAGAAGCGUAGCACGAAGCCCUACGAGGGUCAAAAGCCGGGUACUUCGGGGCUGCGCAAGCCUACUAAGACCUUCAUGCAGCCCAACUAUGUGGAAAAUUUCGUGCAGGCAUGUCUCAUCGUGGCGAAGAAGCACCAGAAGCCUAACACUCACUUCCGACUCGUGCUCGGUGGCGAUGGACGUUACUUUCUCAAGGAAGCCCUUCUAAAAGCCAUUGUACCUAUCUGUGCGGCUAAUGAUGUGGAGGAGGUCAUGAUUGGGGAGAAUGGUAUUCUCUCCACACCCGCUGUUUCAACUAUCGUUCGGCGCUAUGGCACAACUGGAGCCUUCAUCCUCACCGCCAGUCAUAAUCCGGGAGGUCCCGAUGGUGAUUUUGGUAUUAAGUACAACAUCGAGAAUGGGGGACCGGCUCCAGAGACAAUCACCAAUGAAGUCUAUAAAAUCACGACUACGAUUAGUGAAUACUGCACACUAGACCGUCCGCUACCCAUAGAUUUAUGCAAACUGGGAACAACGGACUAUUGUUUGGGUAAUGGAAAGGCUUUCAAGGUGACCAUCAUAUCCAGUACGGAGGACUACAUCAAAUACAUGAAAGAGAUUUUUGAUUUCGACCUCAUCAAGAACUUCCUUAAUGGAGCCAAUGGAAAGCCCCCCUUCAAGGUUCUUGUUGAUGGUCUCAAUGGGGUCACUGGACCGUACAUUAAGGCGCUGCUAGUGGACAACUUUGGUUUAUCCGAGUCAUCCACGCUUGACUGCACACCAUUACCCGAUUUUGGAGGUCAUCACCCGGACCCCAAUUUGACCUACGCUGCAAAGUUGGUGGACGCAGUACGCGCGGACAAGUCGAUUGGUUUGGCUGCUGCCUUUGACGGUGAUGGGGAUCGUAAUAUGAUUAUUGGUCAGGGCGGGUUCUUUGUUUGCCCUUGUGACUCCCUUGCAGUGAUUGCGGACAAUGUGAAGUCAAUCAAGUAUUUCGCCAAGACUGGGGUCAAGGGUUUUGCGCGUAGUAUGCCCACAUCGCCAGCAGUGGAUAGGUUGGUCACUUACCCUCUCUCUUAUGAUGAAAUGCGUACUUUUGCAACAUUGCGUUUCAAAACCACUGCAAUG